AAUUGGAAUGUGACCGAAAUGAGAAAUGAAAAAUGAAAAUGAAAAUGAAAGAGAAAUGAAAUGAGCAUUAGCAAUAGGGCAAUUCCAACACCAUAGCAACCUAAGCUGGUUCCAAAGAUUUGGCCAAACCAAACCAGCACUACACUCCUCCGCCACACUAAGAUGCGCGAUUCGGUGGUGAUCAACAAGAAAUAAUUUCCCACAAUUCGCUGUUCCAAUCAAAACGAAAGGGAGAAAGAAAUAGGGUUUGAUUGAUGGGGUGUGAGUGUGGGGGGAAGUUGAAUGUGAGAAGGCCUCAUUUUUAUGAGGUUUUUUCUUCUGCCUUUAGCUCUCACAGACUGAAAAUUCCUAAUGGAUUCGUCUGUCGCAUGGAGGGAAGGACAUAUGGAUCAGUUUCGUUAACUGGUCCUAGUGGAAACACAUGGGUAGUGCAAUUGAUUAAGCAGGACAAUGAUUUAUUUUUCCAUCAUGGAUGGUCAGCAUUUGUGGCGGAUCAUCGACUAGAAUGUGGUGACCUUUUGGUUUUCAGAUAUGAGGGUCAAUUGCAUUUUACUGUGCAAGUAUUUGAUAAUGAUGCAUGUGAGAAAGAAGCGGCAUUUCAUUCUGAAUGCAGUCAAAAUUCAUGUGACUUUGAUAAUAUUAGAGGACAGAAAAGAGAUACACAGGAGAAUGCUUCUUUGGAUAUUGUUGGUGAAAGUGCCUCUAAGAAAAUGAGAGGUAGCACUAAUGAGAACCAGGAAAUUGAGCUGGGUAUUGUUGUUAAAGAACUACCCCGGUAUGACGUAGUAAGACCAAUUAGUAUGUUCCGAGAAAAUGAUGAAACCUCCAAAGGGUGGUCCGCAAAUGAUGAACCUGUGCCUUUUCACAUGGAAAAUAGCAAUGAAGAUGCUUCCACCAUGUAUAGAAGUGGAAAGGAAGACGAUCAUUAUGUUCUCAGUGGAGUUUCAUUAUCAAAUGUAUCAGCACAUGAUGAGAAAAAAGUUGCUCAGUCAUUUACUUCCUCUUUUCCGUAUUUUGUUAGAAUCAUGAAAAGCUUCAAUGUCAGUGGUUCAUAUACUCUGAAUAUCCCAUAUCAGUUUUCAAUGGCACAUCUUCCCAAUUGCAAGAUAAAAGUUAUUCUUCAUAAUUUGAAAGGAGAACAUUGGACUGUUAAUUCUGUGCCAACAACUAGAGUGCAUACUAGUCACACUCUUUGUGGAGGAUGGAUGGCUUUUGUUCGUGGUAAUAACAUAAAGGUUGGAGAUAUCUGCAUUUUUGAACUUGUGCAUGAGUGUGAAUUACGUGUUCACAUUGCUGGAGUUGGAAAAGAUGGGUUAGAUUGCCAAGUUGGAAAAGUAGAUAUUAGUAGGUUUAGUGCAGGACAUGCUGUAACUUCCAGAUAUAUGGCAACAAAUCCUAAAGUUACCCCAAAAUGCAUAAGAAAAGUUGAUCUAUCGGAAAAGAAGUGGUCAAAGAUUGGUCAAGAAACUGUUUUAUCUGUUGACAUGAAGAAAUCUGUUAGAGCUUCAAAUACUUCUAAGAAAAUGGGGCUUUCGAAAGCUGCCCAUAAAAAGUUGGCUGUUCAGAGGAGACAUCGUGUAGAAGAUGAACUAAGCUCCCAGGCCAAAGCUGGUUUGAGAAUGUUGUUUGCACUCGACGAACAAAGAGUAGCUCAAGCUUUUACUUCCCCUUUUCCUAGUUUUGUAAAAAUCAUGAAAAAGUUCAAUGUCAGUGGAUCAUACACUUUGAAAAUCCCAUACCAGUUCUCAGCUGCACAUCUCCCAACUUACAAAACUGAAGUUAUGCUUCGUAAUUCAAGAGGCGAAUGUUGGACCGUGAACUCUGUCCCAGAUGCAAAAGGCAGAACGGUUCACACCUUUUGUGGGGGAUGGAUGGCAUUUGUUCGUGAUAAUGAUAUCAAUUUUGGAGACACGUGCAUUUUUGAACUUGUUGCUCAAUGUGAGAUGCAGGUUUACAUAUCUGGGGUUGGAAAGGAAGGCCUUGACCAUCAGGUAGCUAAAACUUAACAGAUUAGAUAGCGUUCCGUCUACUUGCUAACGAUGUUUGAGAAUCAUUUUUCAAUGAAGAUGUCUAUUGAGAGAAUCCAAGUCUACUUGCUAACGAUGUUUGAGAAUCAUUUUUCAAUGAAGAUGUCUAUUGAGAGAAUCCAAAAAUGCAUUUUAUGUACAUAUUUCAGUAAUUUCAUACUCUCUUGUCAUAUAUGUAACAUCUCACUGUUCACAUCCCAAUUUCUCAUCUCACCCAGUAAGAUCCUUGAAUAUAUUGCUUAUGUCUUUUGCUUUUAUUUCUUAUCAAUGUGAUUGUCUAUCGUGGCUAUUGAGAACAAAUCAAAUCAGACGGUUUUUAUUUA